UUCUUUAUCUGUGGCUUCACGAUACGCGUCUCGAUCGGUAUUUAGAACGUGUUAAUUCGUGAUAAAAUUUAUUAUUUUAUUGCAAUUGUUCUGAUUUGAAAAUAUUUGUGUGGAAUAAUCUCCAUGAGAAAUCAUGGAGAAAAUACCGAGGACUCAUGAAGCGAUUGAAGCUCAAAUAAAAGAAAUUCAAUCAAAAAAGAAAGAAAUUCAAUCUGAAAAUGGCAACAACAAAGGUGUUUCCCUUGGUGAAACAUACUACGACAGUGAUAUUUAUGAUAGCCAGGGCCAGGGUGGCAAGUCAAGAUAUGAUGGAUAUGUAACUUCCAUUGCGGCCAACGAUGAAGUGGAAGACGAGGAUGUGGAGAACGUUCCUAUAUCCCAGAAAAGACCAGGAUACACGGCACCAGCUUCAUUAUUGAAUGAUAUUGCACAGAGUGACAAGGACUAUGACCCAUUUGCAGAUAAACGCCGACCAACCAUUGCAGACAGGGAAGAUGAGUACAGGCAAAAAAGGCGUAGGAUGAUCAUUUCUCCGGAGCGAAUGGAUCCUUUUGCUGAAGGUGGAAAAACUCCUGAUGUUGGAUCCAGAACAUAUACUGAAAUUAUGAAAGAACAGUAUUUGCGCGCUGAGGAAACUGAGUUACGAAAAAAGCUGCUUGAAAGGGCAAGAGAGGGAACUCUUAAGCCAGUUGCACAAUCAAAUGGAGAGACAGUUAAAGCUGGGGCAAAACGCAAAGGUCGUUGGGAUCAGAGCUCUGAAGAUACUCCCUCGGUGAAGAAACCUAUUUCUGCUACUCCGAGCUCGCAAGCUACGCCGUCAUGGGAUAAUGAGAGAGGCGCAUGGGAGGAAACCCCCGGCGCCGCCGGGCGCGGCGGCGAGACGCCCGGCGCCACGCCCUCCGCGCGCGUGUGGGACGCCACGCCCGGACACAUCACGCCCGGCCACGCCACGCCCGGCCGCGACACGCCGGCCCAGCACGCCUCCAGGCGUAACCGCUGGGAUGAGACGCCCAAAACUGACAGAGAAACACCCGGGCACAACAGCGGUUGGGCCGAAACCCCGCGCACGGACCGUGGCGCCGGCGUGGACACCAUCCAAGAGACUCCGACGCCGGGCACCAAGCGGCGCUCGCGCUGGGACGAGACGCCCGGCGCCACGCCCGCGCCCGCCACGCCCACGCCCAGCCACGCCACGCCCAGCCACGCCACGCCCAGCCACACGCCCGGCCACGCUACGCCAUCCACUCCGCACACGCCCGUCUUUACACCUGGGGGAUCAACGCCAGUGGGAAUGAAAGCCAUGGCCAUGGCCACGCCGACGCCGGGCCACGUGGCCGCCAUGACUCCAGAGCAGCUGCAAGCGUACCGCUGGGAGAAAGAAAUAGACGAACGCAACCGGCCCUACACCGACGAAGAACUAGAUUCCAUGUUCCCACCAGGGUACAAGGUUUUGCCGCCGCCUGCCGGUUAUGUUCCGAUUCGGACCCCGGCUCGUAAGCUGACCGCAACACCUACCCCCUUGGCUGGUACCCCAAUCGGCUUUUUCAUGCAGACGGAGGAAGUGGGCGGGUCGGCCGCGGCGGCCGCGCGCCUGCUGGACCCGCAGCCCAAGGGCAGCCAGCAACUGCCCUUCAUGAAGCCGGAGGACGCUCAGUACUUUGACAAACUGCUCAUUGACGUCGACGAGGAGACGCUCUCGCCCGAGGAACUCAAAGAAAGGAAGAUCAUGAAGCUCUUGCUUAAAAUCAAGAACGGCACCCCGCCCAUGUGCAAAGCGGCGCUCCGCCAGAUCACGGACAAGGCGCGCGAGUUCGGCGCGGGGCCGCUCUUCAACCAGAUCCUGCCGCUGCUCAUGAGCCCCACGCUCGAGGACCAGGAGCGCCAUCUGCUGGUCAAAGUUAUUGACAGGAUCCUCUACAAGCUGGACGACUUGGUGCGCCCCUAUGUGCACAAGAUUUUGGUCGUGAUUGAACCUCUUCUCAUUGAUGAAGAUUACUACGCGCGUGUGGAAGGUCGUGAGAUCAUCUCCAACUUGGCCAAGGCCGCUGGUCUAGCCACCAUGAUUUCCACAAUGAGACCUGAUAUUGACAACAUCGAUGAAUACGUGAGAAAUACAACAGCCAGGGCUUUCGCAGUUGUUGCUUCCGCUUUGGGUAUACCUUCUCUACUGCCCUUCUUGAAGGCUGUGUGUCGAUCAAAGAAGUCGUGGCAGGCCCGUCACACUGGUAUAAAGAUCGUGCAACAGAUCGCCAUUCUGAUGGGGUGUGCUAUAUUACCGCAUCUCAAAUCGCUCGUUGAAAUUAUUGAACAUGGUCUGGUCGACGAGCAACAAAAAGUCCGUACUAUCACUGCGCUAGCGAGCGCCGCGCUGGCCGAGGCAGCCACGCCGUACGGCAUCGAGUCCUUCGACUCGGUGCUCAAGCCCCUGUGGAAGGGUAUCCGCACCCACAGAGGGAAAGGUCUGGCUGCCUUCCUCAAGGCUAUCGGCUACCUCAUCCCCUUGAUGGACGCCGAAUACGCCAACUAUUACACGCGGGAAGUGAUGUUGAUCCUUAUUCGUGAGUUCCAGUCGCCUGAUGAGGAAAUGAAGAAGAUUGUACUAAAGGUAGUGAAACAGUGCUGCGGCACUGACGGUGUGGAGCCGCAAUACAUUAUGGACGAAAUCUUACCGCACUUCUUCAAGCACUUCUGGAACCAUCGUAUGGCUCUCGACAGGCGCAACUAUCGACAGCUUGUCGACACUACUGUCGAAAUUGCUAAUAAGGUGGGAGCUUCAGAAAUCAUAAACAGAAUAGUUGACGACCUCAAAGACGACAACGAGCAAUACCGUAAGAUGGUGAUGGAGUCGAUUGAAAAGAUCCUCGCCAACCUGGGCGCCGCCGACAUCGACUCCAAGCUCGAGGAGGCUCUUAUUGACGGCAUCCUGUAUGCCUUCCAAGAACAGACCACAGAGGAUGUGGUAAUGCUGAACGGAUUCGGCACAAUAGUGAACCAGCUCGGCAAGCGCGUGAAGCCGUACUUACCCCAAAUUUGUGGUAUCAUCCUGUGGCGCAUGAACAACAAGUCGGCCAAGGUGCGCCAGCAGGCCGCCGACCUCAUCUCGCGCAUCGCCGUCGUCAUGAAGACGUGUCAGGAGGAAAAAUUGAUGGGUCACCUUGGAGUUGUCCUCUACGAAUAUUUGGGUGAAGAGUACCCGGAAGUGCUGGGUUCCAUCCUGGGGGCGCUGAAGGCGAUCGUGAACGUAAUCGGCAUGACCAAAAUGACGCCGCCCAUCAAGGAUCUACUUCCGAGAUUAACACCCAUCUUGAAGAACAGACACGAAAAAGUACAAGAGAAUUGCAUUGAUCUAGUCGGACGAAUCGCAGACAGAGGUCCAGAGUUUGUCUCGGCCAGGGAGUGGAUGAGAAUAUGUUUCGAGCUGCUGGAGCUUCUCAAGGCGCACAAGAAAGCCAUCAGGAGAGCCACUGUCAAUACGUUCGGUUACAUUGCCAAAGCUAUAGGACCUCACGACGUGUUGGCCACUUUGUUGAACAACUUGAAGGUUCAGGAGCGACAAAACAGAGUGUGUACAACAGUCGCCAUUGCGAUUGUCGCCGAGACGUGCUCACCAUUCACAGUAUUGCCGGCCCUCAUGAACGAGUACCGCGUGCCAGAGCUGAACGUCCAGAACGGCGUGCUCAAGUCCUUGUCUUUCCUGUUCGAGUAUAUUGGUGAAAUGGGCAAGGAUUAUAUUUACGCCGUGUGCCCGUUACUUGAAGAUGCUCUUAUGGACAGAGACCUAGUGCACAGACAGACAGCGUGCGCGGCGAUAAAGCACAUGGCGCUCGGCGUGUACGGGUUCGGCUGCGAGGACGCGCUGGUGCACCUGCUCAACCACGUGUGGCCCAACAUCUUCGAGACGUCGCCGCAUCUCGUGCAGGCCUUCAUGGACGCCGUCGAGGGCAUGCGCGUCGCGCUCGGGCCCGUCAAGAUACUGCAGUACGCGUUACAAGGUUUGUUCCAUCCAGCCAGAAAAGUCCGCGACGUUUACUGGAAGAUCUACAACACGCUGUACAUCGGCGGCCAGGACGCGCUGGUGGCGGGCUACCCGCGGAUACAAAAUGAUCCCAACAAUCACUUCAUAAGAUAUGAAUUAGAUUACUUGCUGUAAAACUAAGACUAGGUACAUUAUAGUGUGCGACGCUAUAGACUAAGUUAUGGUUUUAUUUUGCCGAGAGUUAAAUAAUUUAAAGGACUUGUUUUAAGGGUCCGCAGCAAACUCGGUUGUCAAUACAAACGUAGUUACGUUCUCAUUUUAAAACAACUAGCUAGAUUGCUCUUAAGGUAUAUCUAUGCCUGUAAUUAAGUUAUGUAGCUUCAGAUACCAUAGAUAAAAAAAAAUAGUGUAUUUAAGUUUUUACAAAGCUUGUUUUUGCUCUAUUUCGUUUGUUUUAUAAGCUGGAGCUAUAUAAACUAAUUACAGACAUAGAUAUACCUCAUGUCAUUGUAUGUGCAAAGUUUCAUUACAAUCCAACGUAUUUUUAAAAUGAGAACGAAACUCUGUUUGUAUGGCGUAAUUUCGGCCGAGCUUGCUGCGGUCUCUUUUAAGUACGUUGUUUAUAUAUUUUUUAAUUUCAAUAGCUACUUGCUGUCCCUGCAUAAGUGUGGCCGCUGUGCGCGAAGACUUUAUAGUCAUGCAAUUGUGAUCAGGGACAAUAUAAAAUAGUACGCGAAAGUCGAUAUCUAUCGACCCAUACCCAUACAUACAUAUUUAUGUAUCGUGUAAAAAUUUCUUUGUACGCGGCAGACGCACUUUGUUGACGGCACCGAACUACAUUGAAAAUAUAAUUAUAUCUCAUACAGUCAAAUACCAUUUCAUGAAUUUUUACUUUCAAAACGUAGUCACCCAUAGCCUCCAAAGGCCCAAGGUCCUACUUAUAGUACUUAUUCAGUUCGAUAAAAUUUAAUUUAUAUUCAAUUGGAACAGAGUCCCAUUUGUUUUAUUUCGUUUAAUUUUCAAACUAACUUAAAUCAACUCUAGUCUCUGUACUAUAGGUUCAAAUUUCAGUGCUAAAUUCUGGACUUAUAAUUUGCAUAAUGCAUAGCUGGCCUUGGGACAACAUGUAAUCACAUAAGCAUUUUUGUUAAUAAAAAUAUAAUUGACUUCUAUCAUUAUAAUCUGGUCAGUCACCAACAUAAUAAAACUAAAAUCUUACAAGAGAUCAUUUGCUAUAAGAGUACAAUAACUCCGUCUUAUUAUCUGUCUGUACCGUGUAUUAUCAGCCUGUGCUAAAUCUGUGAGGUUAUUUGACUCAUAUAAGGUGAAAUUGUUAAGAAUAAAGAGUAUAAUAGA